AAGUUUGUGAUAAGGAUGACCUUUCACCGGAGUCUGAGAAUUGUCAAUAUCAACAAAGCCCAGAUGGGAAUGAAGGGGAUGAAUUUGUGUUCGAUGGGUAUUCCAGAUUGAAGCUGAGAUCAGGCUCCAGAUGCUCUGUGAGAAUUGGAGGCAAGUAUGGGUGGGCUAGAGCUCAGAGGAAUGUGUUUCUAGCUUGCAAAGAGGUUUUUAAGGAGAUGUAAUUUGGAAAGAUUUCAGUCAGAGCAACAUCGCUCUUCAUUGCUGUUCAUCGCUGUUGAAGAAUCAACUCGUGCUUAGUUUCGGUUCAUGCCUCGUCUCAUGUGUUUGGAUUAUACUUUUGAAGCUCAUGUUUUCUGGUUUCUUUGGAAUUGCUUUGUUAUUCUUGGAACUCUGUACUUUUAUCUACGAACACUCUGAACUGUGUUUUAUGGAUUGCACUCUCAAUUGGAUUAUUGUUUGCUGUACUGCUUUUUAUUAGGUUUUGUUAUUCUUUAUCAAUAAACUGAAAAACUCAAGCCUGCUGUGGUGGAGUGUGUGUGUAGCAAGGUGAACCAGCACUGAGGUGCGACAUAUAUAGUGAAAUUUCACUGAAAUGGGGUUAGUCCCAAGCAACUUCAGCCUAAUUAGGACCUCAUCACCUUUGCUACUAGAAUCACCACGGAUCGUGGCAAAUCCAGAGGUGCCCGUUACCCCACACUCUGCCUUGCCUGACUUACCUCUAACCCCAUCUCACAGGGCAAGUGUCCAGUGCCCAGCUUCUCCCCAUUGUUGUUAAUGCCUGCCAGAAGUAGCUGUACAUCAUAGAAUGGGAGCCAGCAGGCUCCGUGGCAAAAAUGAAUCAGCAUAUGCUGCCAAAUUUUGGGCUGUCUGAUGAAGUUGUUAAUCUCAGUUUUAACUGUAUUAUUCAGUGACUUCAUAGCCAGAGUAUGAGAAAAAAACAAGCAGCAAAUCAGGGCAUGGUGGAGAAACCCAUAUUGUUUUUCAAUGUUGCUUCUCAUUUGGGGAGUGACAAGAUUCAACUUACACAUUGCUAGAAAAAAACUGGUAGAACUGCAUUAUUUUAAAGGGGGGUAAUGUUUUGGUAAGCUUCCCUAAACAUACAGAGACUCACCUCCUCUGUUUAUGGCAAAGCAGCAUAUCAGGGAGAUAAUUACAUUGCUGAACUGCCUUCUCCCUGAUAUGGUAGUUUUCUCCAUAAAAGAAAAACAAUGCCAGAAUUCAGUUUUGGAAAUCUUUCAGGAGUGAUCUCUUGUGGGUCUGCUCCAAUGACAAUGGAUCCCCACCCUUAGUCUAUAUGUGAUCCUGAUGAUGGAACUAUUUACAAUGGGUCGCAGUACUCAGAUUAACGCUAUGGUGGCAGAGAUGUCUAUUUAUAUUCCCCAUGAUGUCCUAGGGUAUCUGAAUGUAAUACAGUAUGAUUCCCAUAUCUAUGAGGGAUGUAUUCCAAGAUCACCACCACUUGUGGAUACCUGAAACUGUGAGUAAUAGUAAAGUUGUGCAAUGGAAUCACACUUGAGGGCCUACACAGACCAACAGUCACUUCAAGGAUGCUGGGAAUUUUGGGGAACAUGGGUAAGUGAAUCUCUAGAUACUGAAUUUGUGGACAAGGAGGUUGCACUGCACUCCUCUGGGGCUCUGUAAGCAAUUGAAAUAGUGGAUGUCCACGAGUCAACCACUUGACAUGAGAUCUAAGGCACACACCAGCACUGAUGAAAAUGGAACCAUAGUUUGCUUUUUAAAAAGAUCUCUCAAAAGUUACUUUUGGACUACAGUUUCCAGAAUCCCUAGUUAACACUGUUGCCAUGGGACGAUAUCUGGGAUCAGAAUAAAAAAUAACUUUCCCAUGCCUGGGUGUGAGAUUGCACAAUUCAGCAUCUUGUCUACUCGGUUUUUGCUUUGUUCUGUGCCAUGUACAUAUUGUCUUUAUAGACUCCAACAGAACUCAUUCUGUUUUAUGAAACAGGGUAUGACUCCACUAACUUUUGCAUGCUCCAUGUUUGAAGUGCGGCCAGAACGAAAGACAAGGUCCAGUCUGCUGAAAAAGAAGAAACCCCAUCAAUUUUUAUUUUCUUAACUUGAGUAUAAUUGCGAGAUUCGAUGUAGUUAAAGUCCAGCCAGCUGCAAACAUCGCAUUGUGCUCCAGCCAACUGUGGGCUAUUAAGAUGUGUGAGUGCCAGAAAUUAUGAGCAGUGGUUUAAUAUGCAUAGUUAUAGCCACACAUCAGCCAAAGUGAAUAAUAGCCAGACUGUAAAAUAAUUACAACAAUGUCUUGAACAGAAGCCAGGCACAAGAGAGCAGAACCAUUCGUCUCCCUUAAUUUGUGUACAGUUCCUUGCAACAGCGCAGAAACUUUCUGAAGGCACUUUGCACAGGGUGUGUGUGUGUGUGUCAUGCUGCUGAAACAGCUGGAAAACUUUUAUUUUGAAGAAAGGGGAGGGAAAAAGAGCAGCAGCAAAGCUUCUAAAGUUUAGAGUCGAAAGGGACUGAGCUCAGUUUACAGAUCCAGGCAGCCUUUGCUUGGAAGACUUUGACCAGCGUGUUUGUGUGCAAGAAAUGUUCUCAUGACUGGAAUAAGCUAACUUUUUUUUACCUGAGUUCAGAAUUGGCAACCUUCUGCAUUUUCUCGGGCAGCUCAAAGGGAUUCCAGCACUGUUCUCCACUUCAGUCAACUUGACUCCAGUCCUCCUGUUGAACAGUCUGCAUGGUUACGUAUGGCUUAGGCGUUAUGUGGUCUCUAUGGCCUCAUUUUGUUGGACCAUCCAAGAGAGGGAGGGAGGAGGAUUUCCCCAGCACCAAAAAAAUUACCCGUGUGUUCCUUUCAACACAGUAGCUAUAAGGACCCACUUCCUCAUUGCUCUCAGGUUUUCUCUGGGACUAUUUUCAGAAAGAGAGCAUUCCCCCCUCCCUACUUAAAUGGAUGAUUGUGUUACCAUUAAGAAAAAGCAUCUCCAGAGACCAAUCUUUAGAUUAAGAUGUUUAGUGAAACAGCUGGAGAAAGGUGAUGUGAACAUAAUUGAUUUGAAGAAGAAUAUUGAAUAUGCCGCAUCUGUAUUGGAGGCAGUAUACAUUGAUGAAACAAGGAAACUCUUGGAUACAGAUGAUGAACUCUCAGAUAUGCGGACAGAUUCGGUCCCUAUGGAAGUACGGGAUUGGUUGGCUUCCACCUUCACAAGGAAAAUGGGGAUGACGAAAAGGAGGCCUGAAGAAAAACCCAAAUUUCGAAGUAUUGUACAUGCUGUGCAAGCUGGGAUUUUUGUUGAAAGAAUGUACCGAAGGACCUCUAGUAUGGUUGGUUUGGCCUAUCCAUCUGAAGUGAUAACAACUUUUAAGGAUGUUGAUAAAUGGUCUUUUGAUGUGUUUGCUCUAAAUGAAGCAAGUGGAGGCCAUAGCCUAAAAUUUAUGAUGUAUGAACUGUUGAUCCGAUAUGAUCUAGUGAGCCGUUUCAAGAUUCCUGUUCCCAGCCUUAUUUCAUUUGCAGAAACCUUAGAAAAUGGCUACAGCAAACACAGAAACCCCUAUCACAACUUAAUCCAUGCUGCGGAUGUUACCCACACUGUGCACUGCAUCUUGCUUCUCACUGGUAUCAUGCACUGGCUCACUGAACUGGAAAUAUUAGCAAUGAUCUUUGCCGCUGCCAUCCAUGACUAUGAGCAUACUGGGACCACAAACAAUUUCCACAUUCAGACCAGGUCAGAUGUUGCAAUGUUGUACAAUGAUCGUUCAGUUCUUGAAAACCAUCAUGUAAGUGCUGCUUAUAAGAUUAUGCAAGAAGACGAAAUGAACAUCUUGCUAAACUUAAGCAAAGAUGAAUGGAGAGAGCUACGCACCUUAGUGAUCGAGAUGGUCUUGUCUACGGAUAUGUCGGGUCAUUUCCAGCAAAUCAAAACCAUCAGGCACACUCUUCAGGAGACCGAAGGGAUAGACAAAGCCAAAGCCAUGUCCCUGAUUCUACAUGCAGCCGACAUCAGUCAUCCAUCAAAGACCUGGAACCUGCAUUUCCGAUGGACUAAAGCACUGAUGGAGGAGUUCUUCCAACAGGGAGACAAAGAAGCAGAACUAGGCCUACCCUUUUCUCCUCUGUGUGACCGUAAAUCCACCAUGGUAGCACAGUCACAAAUAGGUUUCAUUGAUUUCAUAGUAAAGCCUACCUUUGCCCUCCUUACUGACUCCAUGGAGAAAAUAGUUUUGCCUCUUAUAGUGGAAGCUUCAAAAUCUGAAACUUCUACCAUCACAUCAAGUGAAAAUAAUCCUGGAGGAAGUCAUCUUGAAGUGCAGAAAAAGCUAACUAUUAAAACUUCUACAUGUAGUGGUUUAUCAGCUGUGGAUUUAAAUAGGUUUAAGGAAGACUUGUUUCAGAUUGUACAGGAAAACAAAGACAGGUGGAAAGAUUUAGCAGAAAAAGAACAACCGGCACAAAAUGAGGAUAAGAAGGAGAAGGAGGAGGAGCUGAAAGACUCCAACAGACAGACUUCAGAGUCACACUUAGAGGUCAAUGAGAAUAACCAAUGUUCCAAGGCUGGAGCACAACCCACAGAUUCAUCCUGCACUUCUCUUGUUGCUGAAGCACACUCUUUGAAUUCUCUUCCCUCCAUUCCUGGUUCUGAGACUGAAGCUAAGAUUUCUUUGAAUGCAAAAGGACCUCUGGAAGUAGAACAAGAAAUACAACCUAAUGUCCCACUAAAUGGUAAUACCAUACCACCAAAAAUUUAUCAGGUGAGACCAACCUCAAUGAGAGCCCACAAAAGCCAUGUAAGGAACAGAAACAAGGGGUGCUGCGCAACUAGAUGAACUGUCUCUUAAUUCUUUUGGCUGUUUUGAGAAAGAAAGGAUGAACAGAAGAGAAUGAAAACACCUUCGUUUUCCACAAGACUGUUUACCUUCUCUGACAAAUCAUCCAUGGACCAUCUUCUCUUAUCUGCCGAACUGAGGGACAGAAAUGUUAAAAGCCCUGAGCUGGUAAUUCGGGGCACUUAGAGCAACAUUAAAGAUACAGAUUUUUUUUUAUUCCUUCUUCAGUUUUGGUGUCCUUGUGGUAACUGAAAUACAUUUUCAGCCAACCUAAAAGUGGUUUAUUUUAAUCAAUGAGUCCCGUCAAUGUGUGCUUUAAAAAACAAACAAACCCUGAAUAAGAGACUCCUCAAAAGCCUACUCUUGGUGGAUAAUAGAUUCUGAAUGAUCACGGAUGGUUUCUGGGAUCCCAUGAUGACGUUAAUACAAAUGUUCUUUCUGCAAUCAUCUUGCAUAAUGACAUUCAUGUCUGCUUUGAUACGGUGGAUGGGAUUUCUGAAAAACUGAACUGCUGAAUUCAGGAAUCAUGCAAAGCCUCUUGAAUAAAUGAGUGAGUGUAUUGUUGACAGUGUGUCCUUACAUGAUGACAAUCUGGCAUUAUAGUUUGAUAUGUCAUGUUUUUAAAAAGAAAAAAAAAUCCAGUUAUUUAAAGUUAGUGAAACUGAAUUAGACUAGAAUGUAUGACAAGGUUCAAAUGAGUCUUUGUUGGGAUCCAGGAAGAGGCUUGGAGGUCACGCAUGUACUCUGCAUGCAGAAGGUUUGUUGCAUGCAGAAGGUUCAAGUGAUAACCCUUGGCAUUUCCUGUUAUAAAGGCUGGCCUGAGAUCUCUGCUUGUGAACCUGACGUUCUGCUAUCAGUCAGAAUAAGCAUCCCUAGUCCAGACAGACGGAUAACUUGACUCUCUUCAAUGCUACUUGAUCUACUCAUAUUCAAAGCUCUCUUCCGAGAUAUGCUGUGUGUGUGUUUUGAAUAGAUAAAAGGACCACUGCUUAUAUCAGUCCAUGAUCGUGACUUGCUCAGGACCAUUCUUUGGGCUACACUGUGGAAAUAGUUCAGUCCUGGUCUGCUUGCCACACCAAAGACAAUGUUGUGACUGCAUUGGCUGUACCCCUGGACUGUAACAACUCUGCAUGGUUACAGUGGCACCUCCACAUCUUGGCUUAUUCCAUUUUGAUCCAUUUUAUACUGUCAGGGAUGGUAUAAAAGUAUGACAAAGUCAUCUUCGCUUGUAUCUGUCACUAUGAAAGCCGUAUAUGAGAUGUGCCCAUUAAGUAUGAGGGACUUAAUUUAAGAAAAAGGAUUGAUUGGGUGCACAGAGAAUGAAAACAAAAUGCAUUUUUAUAGUUCUAAAAAAAGUGACUAAAGGCCAGGAUUUUGCAUUUUGUAUGGACUUUGUGCAUUGCAGUAAGCAAAGGACAUUUUAAAUCACAAAGCUGUAUGAUAUACUGUAUAAAGCAAAUUACAAUUCGCCUAAGUUGUUUAUUUCUCUUCAUGUGUGUACAUACGCACACAUGUCCACACAUUGGCUAUUAUCAGGUAGCACCAAGAAUCUAGCUCAUGCACUAUAUCUUCAUGCUUAGCACAAUAGUUUUUUUGUUAUAAUAAUUAAUUUGCUUUAGAAGAAAAGUAGAUGAAAAAUGCAUUCAAUAGACAUGCAUAUUCUGGGGCUAGCCUUAGGACUCACUCAGGAAAACACCCCAGUUCAGACCCUUUGGAGCCCUAUUCUAGACAUCUAUUCACUUCCUCAGCUGAAAUGAAAGAGAUUUUAUGGUUGGAUUGGCUUCACACAGGACAGGAUCCCAUGUGUGUAGAGCAAGUCAUUAGCCUGAGGCACAGAUUUUGCAGAUAACUCUAUUUUGGAGCCUUAUAUAUAUGCUUUACAGUUUUCUUGUGCCACAUCUUUUCUGCAAAAAUAUGGCAACUUCAUUCUGUUAGCUCCCCUGAAUUAUCCCAGUGAAGAGAGAGACAAAAUGCAUGAGUUUAGUUGGAAGCGGGAAGAUUAAUUUGAGCAAGAAACUCUGAAAUUUAUUCCUUGGUAUUGUUUUGAGUGCCAGAUCUUGAUUCUAGAAAGUGGAAAGUGGGGCCUACAAUACAGUGUUCCCUCACUUAUCGCUGGCGUUAGGUUCCAGGACCACCCGCAAUAAGUGAAAAUCUGUGAAGUUGGGGCACCAUGUUUAUUUUAAUAUUUAUACUUUAUUUUAGUAGUUAUACACUAUUUUAAGUCUUUAUCUACCAGUUGUGUGUAGAUAAAUCGCCUCCUUCUCCUCCCGCUGCCGCUUGGGCUCCUUUUCUCUCUGUCGGCUUCUCCUUUCCCUCUUCCUUAGGCUGUAAAUUGUAAUUUUUUAUGAUUUAUAAAAGUCUUUUAGAGUUUAUUGAAAAACUGCAAAACAGCGAAUCUGCGAAAAGUGAACCGCAAAGUAGCGAGGGAACACUGUACAUGUUUUAGUGCAAGAGAGGGAAAACUGCAACCCACUGGUAGUAUGAUGCCUGCUGGGAUGUCUGUUCAUUCCUGUUCAUUCUAUGGAGAAAUGGAUUAGAUGUAAGUCCCAAACUCCUCCCCUGGUAAUAUCACUGGAAAUGUGGUCGCAAGAAGCACAAAAAUAAGAAAUAAAGAUUGUGCGUGGCACUUUAACCAGUACACGGCAAAAGAUUUAACAAAAAAUGAAAUCAUCAUCAUUUGUAGAGGUGGUUAUAGACAAUUCCCAUUCCCUUUUCAGAAAGGAUUACACACAAAAGGUAUCAGUUUUGAGAGUCUCAGCUUGAGUCCAUCUCUUAGAGCUGAUGAAAUGGAGAAAAAUGCUGGUAUAUACUUGAGAAAAGUGCAUUAGCAUUUGAAAAAGUUACUUGGAGAAAUGGGAAACAUUUCAAACAGUCAUUUUUUCAGACUAUAAAGUCACAGAACUGUGCAACCAGAAAGAAGGAGGGAGAUUGUCCCCUCCUUCUUCCAUGUCAUGUGGGUGCCCCUUUCUGAUAUUAGUAGAGACAUUUACAAUGAUCAGGAGCUCAAGUGGAGCUCUGUGGCUAAAACAGAACGGCAGUAGUAACAUGGAGGUGAGAUGUAUGUAGACUGCCCCAAGGGAACAGAUGUGCUCCCGGCCCACCUGAACAACAGAUGUAGAUUUGGCACCCACAUGCCAGACCUAGGGCUGCUCCUGAGCAUAUUUUCAAUGAAAAUAUGAGCCCAGCAAUCAAAGUUGCAGUUCAAUAAUGGGAUGGGGUUUACAUAUUGUUCACAUGUUGCCUAAUUCUGAAACAAUCACUCUGCCUUCUUCUCCAAGUCAUUCUGAAAAGGCAACAACAUAUAAGUCUCCUGGAUUUCAUUUGCUUGGAAAAACUCCUAGUGGUGAACGCUUACUGAAUUUUAGGAAAAGAGCAUUUAUAUUUGGUUUUUAGAAAUCUUGUUAUAAAGGAUGGACUGUCUCUUUGUGUUACCAUUCCAAGUCAUGUUCCUCCCAAGAGUGCUGUAGUAGGGGGUGAGAAGUGUUUGUGGGAAAUGUACACAGGGCCACAGCCCACCCCCUCACCCCAUUUCCAGUAUUAAGGUGAAAAAGUGCUUCUUUUUUUUGCCCCCAAGAAAAGACCAAAUAGAGGAAGGGGAAAGGAUGAAUCCAUCUUGCAAUGGUCCAGAGUGGAAUGGUAGUAGCUUUUGGUACAGAUAUUAAGUCCUCCUUGCAUGUAUCUUUGAAGUUCCUAUACAGUAAGGGAAUUGUGCAUAUAUCUUUUCUUGGUUUUGCAAGCAUUUAUCUGCCUUGCCUCAUCUGGCCUUUCCUUAGCACCCGUAUUUAGAGUGCCUUUUCUCUUCCAAAGCCAUGUGACACUGGGAUGUAACUAGUUUUGUUCAUUGGAAUUUUAUGUGGGCUGACCACAGGAUUCAGGGAACCUUAAGCACAGUAGGCUCUAAUGAGUCUUCUGCUCUCUAAGGACUUCAUCACAUUGAGACUGGGAUUUGCCACUCAUCAUGGCGAAUCCGGCAGGGCCUGGAUCACCUCUCACCCCGCAUCUCCCUCCUUGCCUUUCACCUCAUCCCAGAGGGAGAAGUGUCGCUACCUAACUUCCCUUCAUUGUUUCCUAUGCAACACAGGAAGCCUCCCGUGUUGCCACCGCUGCCUCCUGUGACACUUCAACUUCACUUGAGGCAUGGAGCCCCGCCAGGAGUAGAUCAGUGUCAUGUGAUGGGAGCCAGCAGGCUCCGUACCUCAAACAAAGUCGAAGCGUUGUAGAAUGAGAAAUUUUGCCCUUCUGAUGAGGUGGUAAGAAAGAGCCUAGGCUUGUCUACAGGCAGACUCCAAGUUAUGAACAGGUUCUGUAGGUUUGCUCUUAAGUUGAAUGAGUAUGUAAGUUGGAACAGGUACAUUUUUUAAGUUUAAUUCCAUAUAUGUGUGUGUGUGUGUGUGUGUGUAUAGAAUUACACUUACAGUAGAGUCUCGCUUAUCCAACGUAAACGGGCCGGCAGAACGUUGGAUAAGCAAAUAUGUUGGAUAAUAAGGAGAGAUUAAGGAAAAACCUAUUAAACAUUAAAUUAGGAUAUGAUUUUACUAAUUAAGCACCAAAACAUCAUGUUAUACAACAAAUUUGACAGAAAAAAGUAAUUCAAUACACAGUAAUGCCAUGUAGUAAUUACUGUAUUUAUGAAUUUAGCACCAAAAUAUCAUGAUGUAUUGAAAACAUUGACUACAAAAAUUUGUUGGAUAAUCCAGAACAUUGGAUAAGCGAGUGUUGGAUAAGUGAGACUCUACUGUAUUUAUUUCCACAUAUAUUAACAUACCAGAAACUUCCUAUAUAUAUAUAUAUAUAUAUAUAUAUAUAUAUAUAUAUAUAUAUACACACACACACACACACACACACACACACACACACACACACACCAUAGGGAAUGGUUAACACCCCUGUGGUGUUUAUUUUGCUCUCUGUGCCCCUGUUCAGAAGAUUUCACCUCACUUUCUGUCCCUGUAAUAAUUGAAUUUUGAACCAAAAAGCUUGUUGUGGAAACAUUGAUUGAUGAUCAAGCUUCAGUGGAGACACCUUUUCCCCAUGAUAACUUUUUCAGGAGUGAAUGUCCCUUCCUAGGAGUAGAUUUCUCUUACUUCAUGUUGUCUCACCCCUGUUUUUAACUUAACUAAGAGUUGUUUGUUAGUUGGAGGUUUGUAACUCGGGGACUGCCUGUAUAUGGGUUCAUGCUCCUGGCUGUCUUCAUGAUGUUCAAUUAUUUCUACUACUUUUUGCAGGGUAAACUGUUUUAGCUUCGUGUUAAGGAAAGUAUGUGAAUAUCACCAGAAUUUGGCUGAAAAUCCAGAGCUAUGCCAUAGUUUGAGCACAGGACCACUGUUGUCAAUAUUUUCAAGAUGUUGAAACAAUUAUGUUAUGUGUCAAAGAGCCCUCUAUCACUGCAGAUAAGAACAUUUGUGGCCAUUCUUUAAUUCACUACUACUACUACUACUACUAAUUUUGCUUUAUUCUGAGUUUGCAGCUGCUAUCCUAUCCAGAAGUAGCCUCCCACCCACCCAAAUGUAUUUGUGACUGCAAAUGCUGUCAACAUCGAUUGGAAACAUCCCAGAUCCUCAAUGUUAACGCACACUAAAUAGCUAGGAGAGAUAAGGCCUUAAUUAGAUACCCUAACCAUUAUGGUAAGUGCUGAAAUAAAAUAGGAAAUUACUUGACAAAAUUGCCAAUCCCUUCACCAAACUAAAACCCCUGGAAAUCUUUAGGGGUUCUUAUAUAAAAACUGUAAAAGUCUGUGAUGUACUUUAGGCCUUACAAUGAUGUGUUGCAACAAGCACACACCCCACAAAGGCCUUAUGGGAAGUGUAUUCUAUUCCAUAACAAGGAACUGGUUAAGGAAUCAUAAUGUCCAACAUUUAUUUUGUAUAUUUAUCUUGAGAUAUACAGUGUACUUUGUAAUAUAAUCAUAUUGGAUUAUACUUUGGGGCAUUUUUAGAACUUUAAUUUUCAAUGUGGGCAGCCAUCACGGGAUAUACGGGGGCUAAUUUUUCUUCUGCUGUAUUUGCCUAUGAUAAGAUGGCUAAAUAAAUUAUAUUGCAAGGCAAUGUCUGUAAAUAUUGAAAUGUUGAUAUCAUUGCUCUAUAUAAGAAAAACAAUUUGGUCACUGCCUAUUGCUGUGUUUGGCAAAACUGAUGCAACUAUAAUAUAUAUUAUAAAAAUGCAAUUGGUU